AUGGCGUCAGAGGCCGUAUCCCCUUCACGAAGGUCGGAGCAAGAUACGACUUCGCUUCCGGCGAGGUAUCAAUGUCCAGUCUGCUUCAAACGCUACAAGCGCCGCGAACAUCUUUUCCGGCAUACCAGCUCACAUACAUCGGAGCGCCCAUACCGUUGUGACUCAUGUGAUGGUUCAUUUCAGCGAGCGGAUGUUCUGAAACGCCACCUUCGAACUUGCGAUGGUGGGAGCUCGAGGUCGGGUGGUCGUCGACGGGCUUGCGAUCGGUGUGUUCGCCAGAAAAAGGCGUGCAGUGCCCAUCAGCCAUGUCAAAACUGUUCAAAGAAAGGCGUUGCUUGUUUCUAUUCAACGUCCCCAGAAACGGAACAACGGCCCAGUCAAGCUAUUUCAAAGAGUAGUAAUGGCUCUGCCGGGGACUCUGUGGGACAGAACGGAGUUUCAUCUAUGUUAAUGGAUCCAACGAUCGAACCGGAUACUUCCAUACAGUUACCCUGGACCCAACAGAGCAGCGGAGCUUUCGGAGUGAGUCCGCUCAAUAAUCUGUUUAGCCAACCAUUCUUUGAGUCUGCUAGCCCUACAUGGCAAGACUAUCUUCUCCUGGCGUCGGAGAGUCAAGUCCUUCGAGAUAAUCCCCUCUUGGAUACAGGCAGGAGUCAGUCACUGCGCUUUCUCGACCGGUUUACCAGUAACACUGGACUACUUCUGAGCUUUGACUGUGGGACUCAAGAGCAACGUGAUAGUGUCGCUGCCCAAUUAGAGGUUGAGAGCCGUCAAGAAAUCGGACAAUCGUAUGCGUCAACCAAUCCUACAACACUAGGCUUGGAUUCACCUCCACUACUGGACAACCUAAGCGACGUUAGUACUAUUGACUGUAUUCCAAUAAACUGGCUUUGUGACCCACUUUCUUUGAAGACGCAUGAGAUACUUCUGCUGAUCGAAGAAGUCGUCACAAUUAAACCGAGAAACAGCGCGGUGACACUAGAUUGGUCAUCAGCACUCAAAAAUGCUUCUUUACAAUUCUUUUCGCCGGCAAACCUGCGACGAUUCCUUGGGUUUUAUUGGGCGAUUUGGCAUCCGAAUGUGAAUUUUAUUCAUCGACCCAGUUUUGAUCCGAUAUCAGCAAAGCCUGCCCUUGUGGCUGCCAUGGCCAUUAUCGGCGCGUGUGUUUCCCCUGACAUGCCAGAUAACGAGGAUGCUCGAACAUGGUUCAAUUGCGUCGAGGAGAUAGUCUUCAUAGACGACGACUUUAACAGUGACGCAAUCUACUCUGUUUCUAACAACAUGGCUAUAUAUCGACGAAAGGUCCAAGUCCUACAGGCAGCGUAUAUUGUUUGUCUUUACCAGAACUGGGAAGGCACAGAUUCGAGCAAAAGUCGAAUUCGCCGAAACAGGUUCGCGACUUUGGUAUCUACGGCGCGAGACAUUGGAAUCACAACAGCAACACAUUUGAACUAUGCCGAAAUGGGUCGACAUGAAUUUGAGUGGAAGGAAUAUGCGACUCGCGAAGAACUAAUCCGGAUUUUCACGUGGAUAUUCCUUCUUGAUACUGCCUUCGUCAUUUUCAAUAACCUUCCUCCUCGCAUGGUAAUAAAGGAGAUGAGGAUGCACCUUGCAACGCCGGAGAGCUGCUUCCAAGCAUUGACCGCCGAUGAAUGCCAUCAGGAAAUCCAAACCCAUCUUCCCUGUGGAAGUGCUUACUGGAGUCUCUCUUUCCGCGGUGCAUUUGAGGCACUUGCGAAGGACACAUUCUCACCAAGCAUGCGCCAGAUCAUCGCCGCAUCAGGGCCCUUAAAUCUGUUUGCGCUUACAUCUGCUAUCCAUUCUCAAAUAUUCCAGUACCGCAGCUCAGUUAGCAGUUCUCAAAACCUGACACCAAUACGCAACACACUACAGAACUGGUGCGAUUCAUGGCAGCUUUUCGCAUCCACGUCAUCAAACGGAAUAACUCCACACGUUACUAUCGAUGAUAACAACAUCCGGACUCAAGAUAUGUGGAAGAGAGUUGGGUUCUGUCGAUAUUGCCCUGAGUUUUGGCUAUUGGGGAGUUUAAUGACGGAGCGUCUGGGGGUAUUGGGAGAUUUACGGCAAGGAAAUGAUCUUGCUCCUCUCGAUGAUGGUGCUUUGGAUCCUAUUCUAAACAAGUAUGAUCAGACUAGUAUGCGACAGGUCAAUAACUUGAUUGUUGGGUUUCAAACAUUUCAGCUAUGAGAUAACGGA